CUAAAAUAUCGCACUGAAAGUUCACAAAACAAACGGAGGCUGCCAUUUUCAUCCUUCACACUGCACUCCUGACUCUGCCGGACCCAGCAGUAGCCUCGAAUUCUCUCCUACAGCUACACCACUCUGCCAUUUCGUCUUUCCAGACUCUUCCUAGGGUUUCAUUCACCCGACCAUGGCCGAAGUGAUGAACAUGCCGGUCGAAUCGCUGGACGGCAGCGGCGAACAAAAGGAGAAAUCCACCGAGGACCAGCCACCACCGCCUCCGCCGCCGCCUCAGCAGACGCAGAGACGACGGGAGCGAGACUCGAGAGAGAGAAGAGACGACCGAGACCUCGACCGGCCACCGAACCGCCGAGCUGACUACUAUGACCGGAACCGGUCGCCGCCUCCCCCGCCGAUAAGGGAGAGGGAGUACAAGCGGCGGAGCAGCUUGAGCCCCCCACCGCAGCCUUAUAGGGAUCGGAGGCACUCGCCGCCCCGACGGUCGCCGCCUCCUCCGUAUAAGCGUUCGAGGAGGGAUGAUGGAGGAUAUGAUGGGAGGAGAGGGAGCCCUAGGGAAGGCUUUGCACCCGGCGAUAGAAGGUUGGGUUAUGAUUAUGCUAGCGGAUAUGAUCGUGAGAUGGGGGGAAGGCCUGGGUAUGCUGACGAAAGGCCUAAUGGCCGGUACAUGGGUCGAUCAUCUGGUGGCUAUCAAGGCGGUCCAUCGAGUGAUUGGGAUCCAAUCCGUGGUGGUUAUAGUGAUGCUUCCAAUGUAGUGAAUACUGAAAGAGAGGGCUUGAUGUCAUACAAGCAAUUCAUACAGGAGCUUGAAGACGAUGUACUGCCAGCUGAAGCUGAGCGCAGAUAUCAAGAAUACAAGUCGGAGUAUAUUUCAACUCAAAAACGAGCUUUUUUUGAUGCUCAUAAAGAUGAGGAUUGGUUGAAGGACAAAUAUCACCCGACGAAUCUACUCACUGUAAUAGAAAGGAGGAAUGAACUUGCAAGAAAGGCUGCAAAGGAUUUUUUGGUUGAUCUGAAAAGUGGAACGUUGGACUUAGGCCCUGGCGUCAAUGCCUCAUCGUCAAAUAAAUCAGGACAGACUAGUGCUCCAAAUUCUGAGGAUGAAGUAGACCUAGGUGGCAAAAGAAGACGACAUGGUAGGGGGUUAGCUAAAGAAACUGAUCUUUCAGCAGGUCCUAAGGCCCACUCAGUCAGUUCUGAACCCAGACGAAUCCAAGUUGACAUUGAACAAGCGCAGGCUCUUGUACGUAAACUUGAUAUUGAAAAAGGGAUCGAGGAAAAUAUUUUAUGUGGUUCUGAUAAUGACAUAGUGAAUAGAGAGAAAUCUCAUGGUGGCUCCACUGGUCCAGUAAUUAUUAUACGUUGUUUAACCUCUGUCAAGGGCUUGGAGGGAAUUGAGCUCCUAGAUACGCUUAUAUCUUAUCUCUGGCGAAUCCAUGGCUUAGAUUAUUAUGGAAUGGUUGAGACAAGUGAAGCUAAGGGUUUCCGCCAUGUGAGAGCGGAGGGGAAGAGUUCUGACAUAACUAUUGAUGGGGCUGAGUGGGAAAAGAAACUUGAUUCAUGUUGGCAAGAAAGGAUGAGGGGUCAAGACCCCUUGGAAGUAAUGACUGCUAAGGAAAAGAUAGACAGUGCUGCUGUUGAAGUUUUAGAUCCUAAUGUUCGGAAGAUUAGGGACGAAAAGUAUGGGUGGAAGUAUGGUUGUGGAGCCAAGGGUUGCACAAAGCUGUUUCAUGCUGCUGAGUUUGUGUACAAGCAUCUUAAACUGAAACACCCUGACCUUAUAAUGGAAGUGACCUCCAAAGUGCGUGAAGAGCUGUAUUUUCGAAAUUACAUGAAUGAUGCAGAUGCACCUGGUGGAACACCUGUUAUGCAGCAAUCCAUGAAG